AUGAGCAUCAACGAAGCCACAUGGGGCCAACGAUGGCGCUCCUCCCCGGUUUUCAUCGUGGGUGCCAUGUUAAUGGCCCUGUUCACCGACGUUUAUCUCUACACCUUUCUAGUGCCCAUCCUCCCCUACGUUCUCGAGAAUCGCCUCGCCGUCGACCCGUCCUUGACUCAGCGCUUGAGUUUCGCCCUGUUGGCUGAAUCUUCCAUCGUCUCCCUCGUCUGCAGUCCUUUUAUCGGCCACUAUGCGGAUACAUUGCCUUCCAAAAAGGCGAUUCUGCUGGUAUCCCUCGCGGUGGCAUUGGUAGGGUCGAUUGUGUUAGCCCUCGCGACGUCAACGACCGUACUAUUCAUCGGUCGGCUCAUCCAGUCAGUCGCUAGCUCGUUCAUCUGGGUGGUAGGAUAUGCAACCAUAGCGGACAAUGUUCAACCAGAGCAUCUGGGAAAGACAUACGGCAUUGUUUCCGUGGUUGUCGGAGCCGGGACCUCCGGUGGUCCCAUCGUGGCUGGUGUGCUGUUUGAGCUGGGCGGGUACUGGACGGCAUGGUCCAGUGCCUUUGCGAUUCUCCUUCUCGAUAUUAUCUGUCGCGUGCUUAUGGUCGAGAAACCGAGAGCACAUCCAGGGUCGCAUGAUGGUGACUCGGAGAACGCUCCUUUACUAUCAAAUACCUGCGACAACAGCGAAGUGGAAGAAAAGACGGGACUGCAGUUUUACACGUACAUGUUCCGGCAUCGGAAAUUCGUCUGCGGGGUUGUAAGCUACCUCAUGUUUGGCAUACUGACGACGAGCUUCGAUACCACCCUUCCCCUGCACGUCCGCGACGUGUUCCACUGGGGGAGUAUGCUGUCCGGGAUGAUGUUUCUUGCAUUUCAGGGGCCGGGCAUUGUGCUCAGUCCUCUUUGUGGAUGGUUGAAAGACCGGGUUGGGACCCGCUGGCCAACGACGGUCGGUUUCAUCAGCGUGGCCCCUGUCUUGUGGCUGUUAGGGACGCCGGGUGACGAGCGAUUUCCGUGGGUGAAUCAAGACCGGGGACAGAUCGUCUACACUCUGGCUAUGACGGGGGCGGGGAUUCUGACAUGUCUUUUGAACGGGGCCGGUACUAUCGAGGCUACAGUGACCGUCGAUGAGAUCGAAGAGAAACACCCGGGGAUCUUUGGACCUAAUGGGGGAUACUCGCGAGCGCUAUCCGUUUCCAGCAUGGGCUGGACUACGGGGAUGCUAAUCGGACCAAUUCUGUCUGGGUAUUUGACUGAGCGAUUUGGGUAUUACGAGAUGAAUUGCGUACUGGCUGGCAUGUGCUUGCUCUCUGGCAUCAACGCCUUUGUCAAUUUGGAUUCCAAGGUCCAGGGGCGGAAAAGCCAACGAAUGUGA